AGUUCUGCACUUCUAACGAUUACUUGAACAGCAAAAAUCAUGAAGUCUCUGCGGUCGAUUUGGUCAGUGCUAGUCGUGCUCAUAUUCGGAGUUAGCGCCAUCCAGGCACUCAAUGAAAGUGUCUCGAUUACAGAACAGCUGCAGGGAUUACAAAUCAGCUUGAAUCAGCUGUACGUCGAGAAUAGUGAGCAAAUUGAAGCUCUAUCAACCCAACUGUAUCGUUUAACACAAUCACUAAACAAUCUGGUCGGAUCUGCCGAAAUCGUGCAACGUUCUGUGCAAGCCGUUGAAAUUAAUAACGAUCUUCUGGUCCGGCAUGUUACCGCCCUAACGACGCAAACCGACGAAAUUGUUUUGAAUCAACAAUACUGCGCAAAUCAUGAAGCUCUAAAGAACAUGUUCUUUGAACUUCAACCGAAAUGUGUUCCAUCUGGUGGCAGUGAGCAUCCAUCCAUCGAAUUUCCUUCGAGCGGCUUGUACCAUUCGUGCCAGGAAGCUCCAAGACGCUCCGGUGUAUACAGAUUUGCCUAUAACAACAGCACGCCUAUCGAUGGAACCAGCACGACUCCGUUCCCUUUUACUACCACGACGAGUAGCUAUGUCCAGCAAAACGGCCCCAGUAGUCCAUUUAACGCGUACUGCGAUCAGAACUCAUUCGGUGGUGGCUGGAUGGUAAUUCAGAAACGGCAAGACGGAUCAGUCGACUUCAAUCGAACGAUGGCUGAAUAUCGGAACGGUUUCGGGAAUCCUAGAGGAGAAUAUUGGCUCGGUUUGGAAAAUCUGUAUCAGCUGACCCGGCGUAACAAUUAUCAGCUCCUGGUUGUGAUGGAGAGUUACGAUAACACUCCGAUGUAUGCGAUCUAUAACCUGUUCAGGGUUGCUGGUGAAUCAAGUGGCUACAGACUGACGAUAAGUGGCCUUGCGAGUGGGAGUAGUAGCGGUGAUGCUUUAUCCAUUUACAGUAACGAAGUAUUUGUGACCUAUGACACUAAUCUCAGCUACAGUUAUUGUUCUCGGCAGUGGGGAAGUGGAUUCUGGCACUGGGGUUGUAGUACUGGCGAAAACAGGAGUAACUUGAAUGGCAUCUAUGGAUAUCGCAACGGGGAAGUACAGGGCAUCUGGUGGGGUAGGUUGAAGAAUGGAACAAAUUUCGCGAGUUUGAAGAAAGUGCAAAUGAUGAUAAAGCUUGUAUCCUAAUCGAGGGUUCCGAGGUCAUUGAGAAACUGUUGUCAGGUCGGCGAAGAUGAAUAAUGGAUAACUGAACAUGGAAAACAUAAUAUUUAAUAAAUUAUUCAAGGCAAUUUAAA